GAGUCGAACCGGGAGGGACGGAGAGCCGCGUACAGUGUCAGGUUCACCCCGCUAUGGCAGCUGCCUUAUUAGCGGGACAUUAAGACGAGACAUAUUCGAGGACAACUCUGUGAAACUGUACAAUUGCACUACUAAUCGAAAGGGUUUUACUUGAGGCGCGGCCUCCUCCCGGACGGACGGACGGAGCAGGAUCUGUGUGGUGUUGACACCCCGAUUUGAUCUGGGGGAAAGAUGGCGGCCCCGGCGGAGUGCACCAUCAAAGUAAUGUGCCGUUUCAGGCCACUGAACAAAUCCGAGGUGGAAAGGGGGGAUAAAUACGUCCCUAAAUUUCAAGGAGACGACAACGUAGUGGUUGGGGGCAAGCCGUACGUCUUUGACCAUGUUUUCCCGUCUAACACUACACAGGAGCAGGUGUACAACGCCUGUGCUCAGAAGAUUGUUAAAGAUGUGCUUGAGGGUUAUAACGGUACAAUAUUUGCCUAUGGGCAGACAUCUUCUGGAAAAACACACACUAUGGAGGGUAAUCUGCAUGACCCAGACGGUAUGGGAAUCAUUCCACGUAUUGUACAGGACAUAUUUAACUACAUUUACUCGAUGGAUGAAAAUCUGGAAUUCCAUAUUAAGGUGUCAUAUUUUGAGAUUUACCUGGAUAAAAUUCGAGACUUGCUGGAUGUAUCUAAGACUAAUCUCUCUGUGCAUGAAGACAAGAACAGGGUUCCAUACGUCAAGGGUUGCACUGAGCGCUUUGUUUGCAGCCCUGAGGAGGUGAUGGACACAAUUGAUGAGGGCAAAUCCAACAGACAUGUGGCUGUGACAAACAUGAAUGAGCACAGCUCUAGAAGUCACAGUAUCUUCCAGAUUAAUGUAAAGCAAGAGAACACACAGACAGAGCAGAAACUGAGUGGAAAGCUCUAUCUGGUUGAUUUGGCUGGUAGUGAAAAGGUCAGUAAAACUGGAGCUGAGGGAGCUGUAUUGGAUGAAGCCAAAAACAUAAACAAGUCGCUCUCUUCUCUGGGCAACGUUAUUUCUGCGCUGGCUGAAGGAUCGACAUAUGUUCCAUACAGAGACAGUAAGAUGACCAGGAUUCUUCAGGAUUCUCUGGGUGGUAACUGCAGAACUACCAUCGUCAUCUGCUGCUCUCCAUCCUCGUUUAAUGAGGCUGAGAGCAAAUCCACUCUCAUGUUUGGACAGAGAGCAAAGACCAUUAAGAAUACAGUAACUGUGAAUGUGGAGUUGACAGCAGAACAGUGGAAGAAAAAGUACGAGAAAGAGAAAGAAAAGAACAAAACACUCCGCAACACCAUCACCUGGCUGGAGAACGAGCUGAAUCGCUGGAGGAAUGGUGAGAGUGUGCCGAUUGAAGAGCAGUAUGAUAAGGAGAAGGCCAACGCUGAUGUUUUGGCUCUUGAUAACACCGUAAAUAAUGACAAGAUUGCUUCCACUCCUAACAUCCCUGGUGUACGCCUGACCGACGCGGAGAGGGACAAGUGUGAGGCUGAACUGGCCAAGAUGUACAAGCAGCUGGAUGACAAGGAUGAUGAGAUUAACCAGCAAUCUCAGCUUGUUGAGAAACUCAAGCAGCAGAUGUUGGACCAGGAAGAGCUGCUGGGCUCGUCACGUAGGGACCAUGAUAACCUGCAGUCAGAGCUGAUGCGGCUGCAGAUGGAGAAUGAAGCGUCUAAAGAGGAGGUGAAGGAGGUGCUGCAGGCUCUGGAGGAGCUGGCCGUUAACUACGACCAGAAGAGCCAGGAAGUUGAGGACAAGACCAAAGAAUUUGAAACCCUUAAUGAGGAACUCAGCCAGAAAUCGAGCGUUUUGGCCUCUUUAGACUCAGAGCUGCAGAAGCUGAAGGAGAUGACCAAUCACCAGAAGAAGAGAGUGACUGAAAUGAUGUCUUCACUACUAAAGGACCUGACAGAGAUUGGUAUUGCUGUGGGCAGUAAUGACAUAAAGCAGCAUGAGGGCAGUGGCGUGAUCGACGAAGAGUUUACGGUGGCCAGGCUGUACAUCAGUAAGAUGAAGUCUGAGGUGAAGACUCUGGUGAAGCGCAGUAAGCAACUGGAGGAGGCGCAGACGGACAGCAACAAGAAAAUGGACGAGAACGAGAAGGAGCUGGCCUCUUGCCAACUCCGCAUCUCUCAGCAUGAAGCUAAGAUUAAGUCUCUAACAGAGUACCUUCAGAAUGUGGAACAGAAGAAGCGACAGCUUGAGGAAAAUGUAGACUCCCUCAAUGAGGAACUUGUGAAAAUCAGUGCACAGGAGAAAGUUCAUGCUAUGGAGAAAGAGAAUGAGAUUCAGACAGCCAAUGAGGUCAAGACAGCAGUGGAGCAGCAGAUCCAGAACCACAGGGAGGCUCAUCAGAAACAGCUAAGCAGUCUGAGAGAUGAACUGGAGACUAAGGAGAAACUCAUUACUGAACUGCAGGAUAUGAAUCAAAAGAUCAUGCUGGAACAGGAGCGUCUGCGGGUGGAACAUGAGAAACUUAAAACGAUGGACCAGGACAAGAGCCGUAAACUGCAUGAACUCAAGGUUAUGCAGGACAGAAGGGAGCAGGCCAGACAAGACCUUAAAGGCCUGGAGGAGACCGUGGCUAAGGAACUGCAGACUCUUCACAAUUUGCGGAAGCUGUUCGUGCAGGACUUGGCAACUCGGGUCAAGAAGAGUGCAGAGAUGGACUCAGAUGACACUGGUGGCAGCGCAGCUCAAAAACAGAAGAUCUCCUUUCUGGAGAACAAUCUAGAACAACUUACUAAAGUCCACAAGCAGCUGGUGCGUGAUAAUGCUGAUCUGCGCUGUGAGCUGCCCAAGCUGGAAAAGCGCCUGCGUGCCACUGCUGAGCGGGUGAAGGCCCUGGAAUCAGCUUUAAAGGAGGCCAAAGAGAACGCAGCACGUGACCGCAAGCGCUAUCAGCAGGAGGUGGACCGUAUCAAAGAGGCUGUCAGAGCCAAGAACAUGGCCCGCAGAGGACAUUCUGCCCAGAUUGCCAAACCAAUCAGACCAGGACAGCAACCGGUCGCUUCCCCCACCCACCCUAACAUCAGCCGCUCGGGAGCGGGGCUCUUCAGCAACCAGCCACUUGCAAUCCGAGGAGGCGGAGCUAAACAGUAAAGGUUUAAAGCUUGAAGUUGUCUAGAUGAUGUUGCUAUGAUACAGAACAGCUGAACGUUCUCUCCUGCGGUGGACAGUUCUUCAGGCCUAACAUAUUAAACUAUAUAAAUAUAUAUAUAUUUGAAUAUAAGUAUAUAUAUAAUGUAUGAAACUAUCCUACAUGUGCUGUACAGUUGUCCCCUUUUGCUCAUUUCAAUAGAGCUUCAUUUCCCACACAGAAACACUAGCAAGACUAAAACAAGUGCAGUCACUGCAAUGUAAGUAGCUCAUAGCUUUACUCUAAAAUCGAUCAUCCUAGUCCCUCACUGUGCCAAGCGGAAUGUAUCUUACAGCAAAACUUACACAUGUUUAAAAAGGCAAAAAUGAAUGAAAAAAAUAGAAAAAGAAAGAAAAACAGCAAAUGCAUUCUAUUAGCUUGUUCAUGUAUGUUACUGCUACCUGUUUUGAUUUUUUUUUUUAAAGGAAGUGGUGUAGUUCUCUCUUGCGGAGCAGUUUUCAUUAUACUAAUUCACCUGAUUGGAAAAGUUUAGCACUACAGUGUGACUGUACAUAAGCACAGAACCUGAGUAAGUUAUUAAGCAUUAGGGUUUUAGUAUGAAAUAACAUUAUUAACAGUGGGUGUGUUUACAUGAACACUGAUAAUCAGAUUUUGCCAGUUUUAUAAUUAGUCAAGUCCCAGCAUACUCUAGAUUAGCGCAUCAUGAUUUUUAUUCAAUAUAUGAGUUUUAAAUUUACACUGGCCAAUAGAUGGUGCCAUCGACCGGUCGGGCAUAUGCACGGACACGAUUGGCUAUGUUUGAGGGGAUGGCCAUUAAGAGGGGCACUUGCCAGUGUGCUCUCAGUGCCACUCCCAAGGCCAGAUGAAUUAGGGAUGCAUGAAUCCCAGGUAAAAACAGUGUCUAAGCAGGAAUGCAGACCUAAAUACAGGAGCAGCCAUAAGAGAUUUUUAAGAUAUCAGUUGUCAUUUGUGAAAACACACCUGAUAGUUAAAACGGCUAUUACGAACUGCAAACACUACUACAGUACUAAAGCCGCUCAGGUGGCACAGCGGUAAAAAGACACGUCCGAACAUCGUAUCGAAUCCAGCUCUGCUUUACCAGUUCGAGGCUGAGUGGCUGUAUGAGCAACGAUUGGCCGGUUGCUCAGUUGGGGGUCGGGACAAAGAACUGGAUGUGGGUCUCUCUCUGUCAGAAUGCGAUUACGACCUCUGCCGGCUGAUGAGGCGCCUGCACAAGAGAUGAGGAAGGAGUGCUCUUAGGGUGUGUCUCUCCGCAUGCAACGCUAGGUGGCGCCACACUCAUCAAUGUGUGGGUGGCAAAAAUGCAUCCGGCUGCUGCCCAUGUUUCGGAGGGGAUAUGGGUUAGCUUCGAUCUCCUCGGUCAGGGCAGGGUUCAGCAUAGGCAGAGAGGAAGCACGAUGCAAAUUGAACAAUUGGAUGCCCUAAAGGGGGAGAAAAAGGGGGGAAAAUAAAUAAAUAAAUAAGUUAAUACUGACAUAGAUGUCUAUGCUGAUGUUAUAUUUUGAAUGGUUAGAAGAAAAACUCACUGAUGAAUCUAAGAUUGCUGAAGUGUACGUACACCUGGUGAUCGAAUCACUGCCAAAAUCUGACUUAUUGCAGUUAUCAGAUUGUGUAAACACACCUGAUGGACAGAAAGAAAUGAUGAAACGAAGCGACAGUUUAAAAGACGACUGAAAGCUGCUGUUUGUAGACACUCCACAUGAUAAUUUAAUGCACUGUACAGAACAUAGUGGUUGAUAUGCAUCAUUUCUGAUAGUGAUAUCAGCAUAAAGAUAUUUGUGAACUCUCAGUCUGUGUAAAUGAAAAGUCUCUUGUCCUAUUAUAGAUAUUGCUGUUUUUAUAGCCGAUGGAGAAAGUUAAUACUUACAAUAUUGCUGCUCCCUUCCCUGUUAAGGUGGAUUUAAUAAAUCAAUCACUAAUCAAGUCAUCAGUCGAUCCUUUGAAUUUAGUCUGCUGCUUUUAAUUAGGCGGGUUUGAUAACAUUUGUAGCGUUCUAAGUGUCAUGGAUUUCUGCACAUUUUGAGUGGAAUGUUGCAAUUAGAGGAAGUGGGUUUGGGCUGUUUUAGCUUUUAGUUUUAGUAAGCCUGUUCUCUAUAUGUUCAUGUGUUCCACGUUUAUUCUGAUCAAUGUGGAGAAUUUCAGCUUUUUAGUUAAGCACAUGUUCUCUUCAUUUCAGUGUAGACACAACAUGUGCACAAUUGGACAGAAUUGUUUUUUCUUUAGUAAACUGCCUCAGAAAUUGACAUGGGAAUGGAUCAGAAUUUCCAAAAGCAUUCAGCAAAGGUCGUGUACCGCUAUGCACCGAAAUGCAAGCCCACGAUUGAAAAAUGUGUUCUCCGGUCAUUGUCUAGAAUAACGUGUGCAGAUAGUGUAAGGUAAAGGCUUUAAUAAAUCAGCUUAGUUUUAUUUGUCAGCUAGGAAGCGUUAAUGAAGUUUGAAUGUUACUGUAGCCAUUAUGCUUGGCUUUGACUCAAAUCAAAGGCAAUGAAGCUUAAUAUAACACUCCACAUACGUUUUGUCGCCUUGUGAUUGCAAGUUCUCUUCUAGAUGGGUUCAUUAGUUUUGAAUAUUUGGAUUUUGUCCACUUCUAAGAUUCAGCAUGAAAUGAAAUUGCUGGCCUUUAAAUGGUUGUUGAAUUUUGGACGGGGUCUAUUUAAGUCAUUUAUCAUGUUUUCAUUCAUUGUAUUUGCAGGUGUAUGUUUUUAUUUAUUUGUUUUAAUAUAGACAUAAAACGUUUUUGGUUGUUUCAGUUUUCUACAUGUUGGUUUUAUUUCCUUUAUCUUUUUUUCCAGUUUUAAUAAAUGAUUUAGCUUAAUAUUUCAUCUGGUUAGUUCUCCUUGUGUAAAUUUGGGUGGCUGAAUAAUUUUGACAGAAAUAAUGUUGAUAUGUGCAAUAUGGAUCAGAUAUAAUUCAGCUUUCACACUACGUGAUAAAAGAUGAAUUAUUAGGGAUGAAUUACCAACACACACUACUGGCCUGUUUUUUUUUUUUCUUAUUAAAUUUGAAAAGCACUUUAAAUGUCUGUUACACCUGAGUAUAAACAUCUCAAGUCAACUUGACUAAAUGAAAAUUUUCCUUGCAGAAAUUUGAAAUGACCAAACUGUUUUGGACAGUUUCAUUAGUGAAGGCCGGUUGUUUUAAAAACUGUUUGUUUUCUUCGAACCAGCAUUGUGAUUUAAAUUAUGUUAACAUUGUUAUUAUUGUCUGGAAUGAUGAGAGAUAUUGUGUGUGCUCACACUCAGCUCUCUAAAUUGUGCUGAAUCAUUGACUGGACUAAACUGCUAUGUAUAUUUCUUCUAAAUGCUUACUGUAGGUCAGGUUUUCACCCUUGACAUGAAAUGCCAAUAAAGUUAAUGGUUAAAAACAUUGAA